AUGUCGAGAGGAUUGAUCUUCAUAACUGGCGCCACUGGCUUUAUUGGCAGUGCCACUGCUGUUGAAGCACUCAAGGCUGGUUAUAAAGUACGACUUUGUCUGCGCAAACCCUCUGAGCAGCUGCAAUCUGUCCUCUCCGAAUACAGCAAUCAAGUCGAAUAUGUUAUCGUUCCAGAUCUCACCAGUGAAACGGCAUUCAAUGGCAAGCUAAACGACGUGGACUACAUUUUCCAUCUGGCAUCACCCCUUGUUCAUGGAACCAACAAGGAGACAUAUUUCACCCCGGCUGUGAAAGCCACGACUUACUUGCUCAAGGCCGCAGCCAAGAUUCCCAGUAUCAAGAAGGUUGUUGUGACCUCUUCUGUUGCUGCGUUGAUGCCAAUGACUGGCGUUCCUGCUGGAGGAGUAAUCAAAGAGGACAAUGACUGGGACUUCUCCGUCGAUGAGAACGGCUCAUUUGAAAAUCCAGAGAACCCAGCAGCAACACCCAUGCGUCUGUACCAGGCUUCCAAGCUCCUUGCCAACAAAGCAACCUGGGACUUCCGGGCAACAACCAAGCCACACUUCGCAUUGGUGACGCUGCACCCAGUAUUUGUAUGGGGCCAUAACCCUAUGCAAACCUCAGCCGAGGAAGUUGCAGCAGGAUCCAACGGCCUUCUCUGGAGUCUGAUCAUGCAAAACAACGGCGCUGCAAGCAGAGGUGUUCAUAUCCAGGAUGUGGCCGAAGCGCACGUCAAAGUGCUGGACCCAAAAAUUCCUGAUGGCUCGAAGUAUUUGCUGGCUGGACCCAGCGAAACUGGUCCUGCGAUUACAAGCAUUGUGAAGAGAUUGUAUCCUGAUUCUGGGGCCAAGAUCACCGAGGAUAUUCAGCUUGCUUCAUCGCCACUCGAUACCACCAAGGCGGAAAGAGAGCUUGGGAUCAAAUGGCGUUCUUACGAGACGAUGAUUACAGAUGUGAUGGAUCAACAGCUUGGAUUUUAUCACAAGCUGUAG